AUGCAGCAGCAUCGGCAGAAUGACCACUCUGUACGCCUUCAGUUUGGUGUUGAUGUGGAGAGCGUGUUGAUUUCAAACUGUUUCGCUGACUCCGGAAAUCCGGCAGGCCACUUCAUCGCCCAUUUUGGCGUUGCAAGAGAGGGUGCUGCCCAGGUAAGUGAAAGUGUCCAGGGCUUACAGUUGGACGCUGUUAACGUUGAUUUGAGGUGAAUUGUGGACAGCGUUGCGUGGCGGUUUGUGCAUGAUCACCGUUUUCUCUGUGUUGAUGAUCAGACCGAAGUUGUCGCAGGCGGCGGCGGCGGCGGAGAGGCCCAUGCUCCUUUGUAUGUCCCCUCCCGAGGUGGCGUUGAGAGGAGUUCAUUGACGGAAGUUGCUGAGAAACGCGACUGGAAGGGCAUCCUCCUCUGA